GAAUAUCAUUCACCGUCUGAACUGUUGGUGACAGUACAUUUGUUUUUAAAAUAGUUAAGGCAUAAAAUUUACAAAUUUAUAGUAUUCAAUCGAAAUUUCGUGCCAAAUUCGAAUUAAAAUCGUCAGUGUGUCAUUUAUUUUAUGAAGUCUAAUUAAGAAGUUUAAGUUUUACCCAGAAAACAACUGAGUAGAAAAGAAAAAAAAAAGCGAAGCAAAAUGAUGGAUCAAAACGGUAUGUACGCCGAGGAGUAUGGCGAGAAUGGUUACAUGGAACAGGAAGAAGAGUGGGAACGUGAAGGAUUAUUAGAUCCAGCAUGGGAAAAGCAACAAAAGAAGACCUUCACUGCUUGGUGCAACAGUCAUUUAAGAAAAGCUGGAACAGGCAUUGAAAGCAUUGAAGAUGACUUCCGUAAUGGUCUCAAACUUAUGCUUUUACUCGAAGUCAUAUCUGGUGAAACGCUGCCAAAGCCAGAUCGCGGUAAAAUGCGUUUCCACAAGAUCGCAAACGUCAACAAAGCUUUGGAUUUCAUUGCAUCAAAAGGUGUUAAACUUGUUUCAAUCGGAGCUGAAGAAAUCGUUGAUGGAAAUCUGAAGAUGACUCUUGGAAUGAUUUGGACCAUCAUUUUAAGAUUUGCCAUUCAAGAUAUCUCUGUUGAGGAAAUGACAGCCAAAGAGGGACUUUUGUUGUGGUGUCAACGUAAAACUGCUCCAUAUAAGAAUGUCAAUGUGCAAAACUUCCACCUCAGUUUCAAGGACGGUUUAGCUUUUGCUGCUUUGAUCCAUAGACAUCGACCAGAUUUGAUCGAUUAUUCAAAACUUUCAAAGGACAAUCCUUUGGAAAAUUUGAAUACUGCAUUCGAUGUUGCUGAGAAAUAUUUGGACAUCCCUCGCAUGUUGGAUCCAGAUGAUUUGAUCAAUACUCCAAAACCGGAUGAAAGAGCGAUUAUGACUUAUGUGUCAUGCUACUACCAUGCUUUCCAAGGCGCUCAACAGGCUGAAACAGCUGCUAAUCGUAUCUGUAAGGUACUUAAGGUCAAUCAAGAAAAUGAGAGACUAAUGGAAGAGUAUGAGCGUCUUGCAAGUGAUUUGCUUGAAUGGAUUCGUCGCACUAUGCCAUGGUUGGCAUCACGUCAUUCUGACAGUACUUUGGCUGGUGUGCAAAAGAAACUUGAAGAAUAUCGUACAUAUCGUCGUAAACACAAACCUCCACGUGUUGAACAAAAAGCAAAACUCGAAACAAACUUCAACACUUUGCAAACGAAGCUUCGUUUAUCAAAUCGUCCCGCUUACAUGCCAACAGAAGGUAAAAUGGUGUCGGACAUUGCCAAUGCAUGGAAAAGCUUGGAAUUAGCUGAAAAAGCUUUUGAAGAGUGGCUUUUGGCUGAGACAAUGCGUCUCGAACGACUUGAGCAUUUGGCUCAGAAGUUCAAGCACAAGGCUGACACGCAUGAAGAAUGGACACGCGGUAAAGAAGAAAUGCUUCAAUCACAAGAUUUCCGCAGUUGUCGUUUGUAUGAAUUGAAGGCUCUCAAGAAGAAGCACGAAGCUUUCGAAUCCGAUUUAGCUGCACAUCAAGAUCGUGUUGAACAGAUUGCAGCAAUUGCUCAAGAACUUAACACACUUGAAUAUCAUGAUUGUGUUUCAGUUAAUGCCCGUUGUCAACGAAUCUGUGACCAGUGGGAUCGUCUUGGUGCAUUGACACAACGUCGUCGUCAAGCUUUAGACGAUUCUGAACGAGUCUUGGAGAAAAUCGAUUUACUUCAUCUUGAAUUCGCUAAACGUGCAGCUCCAUUCAAUAACUGGUUGGAUGGUGCACGCGAAGAUUUAGUUGACAUGUUUAUUGUACACACAAUGGAAGAGAUUCAAGGUCUCAUUACUGCCCAUGAUCAAUUCAAGGCAACAUUGGGUGAAGCAGAUAAGGAAUAUAAUUUGAUUGUUGGGUUGGUUCGUGACGUUGAAGGUUUGGUCAAUCAAUAUCAAAUCGCAAAUGGAUUGGACAAUCCAUACACAACACUUACAGCUCGCGACUUAACAUCGAAAUGGUCUGAUGUUAAGACUUUGGUACCAGCUCGUGACCAAACACUUGCCAUGGAAUUGAGAAAACAACAAAAUAAUGAAAUGUUACGUCGCCAAUUUGCUGAGAAAGCAAAUAAUGUUGGACCAUGGAUUGAGAAGCAAAUGGAUGCUGUUACUGCUAUUGGAAUGGCAAUAAGUGGAUCAUUGGAAGAACAAUUGCAUCGUUUGAAGGAAUACGAGCAAGCUGUUUAUGCUUACAAACCGCAUAUUGAAGAGCUUGAAAAGAUUCAUCAAGCAGUUCAAGAAUCAAUGAUCUUUGAGAAUCGUUACACCAACUACACAAUGGAGACACUCCGUGUUGGAUGGGAACAGUUAUUGACAUCUAUCAACAGAAAUAUCAAUGAGGUGGAAAAUCAAAUACUUACACGUGACUCAAAGGGAAUAACACAAGAACAGUUGACAGAAUUCCGUUCAAGUUUCAAUCAUUUUGACAAAAAUCGCACUGGACGUUUGGCACCUGAAGAAUUUAAGUCAUGUUUGGUAUCAAUUGGAUAUUCAAUCGGAAAGGAUAGACAAGGUGAACUUGAUUUCCAACGCAUUUUGGCUGUUGUUGAUCCAAAUAGCACUGGUUUCGUUCACUUUGAUGCCUUCCUUGAUUUUAUGACACGCGAAAACACCGACACAGAUACUGCAGAGCAGGUCAUUGAUUCAUUCAGAAUUUUGGCCUCCGAUAAGCCAUAUAUUCUUCCUGAUGAGUUACGUCGGGAAUUGCCACCAGACCAGGCCGAAUACUGUAUCCAAAGAAUGCCACCUUAUAAGGGACCAGGAGCCGGUCCAGGCGCUCUUGAUUACAUGUCUUUCAGUACAGCACUUUAUGGUGAAUCUGAUUUGUAAACUCACAUACCAACUUUUUAAUCUCUUAUUUAAAACAAACACAAUAAGCAAAGAAGAAGAAAAGUUGGACAUGAACAUACGCCACUAUACAGCAAAUCAGUUUAUUAAUUGCAAAAAAAAAGUUAUUUUUAUAUAUGAUACGAAAGAAAACCGAGCAUGAAAAAAUUUAUAAACUUCAUUUAACUACAAAGAAAAUUAUCAAGCAAUACUUGAAAAAGAAAUGCUAAAGGACUUUAAUCCUUUUUCCCCACUAUAUGACUACCAGAAUAUAUCCAAUUUAGUGUAGUGUUUUUUUUCUUUCUCAUUUGCUUUAAUCGCUUUUUCUUGAUUCUUCUUCCAUAUAAUUCAAAGUGAAAAAUCUUAAUAAAGGUGAACAUAAGAAAAAUUUUAUUUCCUUCAUCACGGCAGCUUUCUUUUCAUCAAUUCUUCUGUUUUAAUUGGAAGAAGAUCAUCUCGUCGUGUUUUUUGUUAGAUUUAUAAAUGCUUUUCAUAAUUAUUUUAUUUUGUGUUAAACAGAAAAAAAUUAUUUUUUUUCUUUGCGUAACAAUGAAUCAAUCGGUCGUAAUAUGAGAAAAAAGUUCGCGUUUCAGACAUUAUCGAACCCAACAUGAUGAUAAUCUGCUGGUGUUUUAUGGACAGUUAAUCCUCAAAAUAUUAUCAGUCUUAUUUUCGAAAUAUCUUCUUUUUUUAAUUCACAGUUUGCCAACAUAUUCGAAAAAAAAUGAACAGAUAUUUCAAAUCAUUUGAAAUUUAUAUUUGUAAGCAAAUACAAACGAUGAAUAAAAUAUUUUUAAAGUGAAAAA